AUGGCCGCGGGGGCGGUGGGGGCUGUCACGGCUGAGCUGCCGCCGCCGCUGGGCCGCCUUCCCGGAGGAGCCGGCACUGAGCGCGCCCUGGAAGAAGCAGAGGCCUCCGGCACCCUCAGUCUGGCCGGCCGGCGGCUUCGCGCCUUCCCGGCGGCGCGGCGCUGGGACCUCAGCGACACCACACAGGCCGACCUGUCCCGGAACCGUUUCGGGGAGGUGCCAGAGGCCGCCUGCCGCCUGUUCUCGCUGGAGGGGCUCAGCCUGUACCACAACUGCCUGCGCAGCGUCCCCCCGGCCAUCGCCAACCUGCAGGCCCUGGCGCACCUGGACCUCAGCCGCAACCAGCUGAGUUCUCUGCCCGCCUGCCUCUGCCUCCUACCCCUGCGCAUCCUCAACGCCAGCAACAACCGCCUGGCCCAGCUGCCCCCGAACCUCGGCGCCCUGCGCACGCUGCGGCAGCUGGACGUCGGCUGUAACCGGCUGCGGGCGCUGCCGCCGGGGCUGGGGCAGCUGCGGGCGCUGCGGGACCUCAACGUGCGGCGGAACCAGCUGGCAGCGCUGCCCGAGGAGCUCUCGGAAUUGCCCCUGGUCCGGCUGGAUUUCUCCUGCAAUCGGGUAGUCGCAAUUCCGCGCUGUUUCCGGCGGCUCCGGCACCUCCAAAUCCUACUGGCAGACAACAAUCCCCUCCAGUUCCCCCCCGCCCAGAUCUGCCUGAAGGGCAAAGUCCACGUCUUCAAGUACCUGGAAGCUGAGGCUGCCCCUCAUCCUCCCCCAGCAUGCCCCCCGGACGAGCUGUGUCCCCUCCGGCAGCGGGGGGGGCUGGACUCCGGCUUCCACAGCGUUGACAGUGGCAGCAAGCGCUGGUCAGGGAAUGAGUCCAUGGACGAGUCCUUGGAGCUAUCCCGGCAGCAUAGGGAGACACGCAGCGGGGCAGCUGGUGACAGUGACCCGGAGCAGCUGGAGGAGGAGCCCUCACCUGAGGAGCAGCAGAGCCAGACCCCAAGAGGUGGCACCCCUGAGGGUAUCAGGGUGGUCCCCACUUCCCAGCGACGCGCCAGGAAUCUGGAGGUGUGGAUGGAGAGAGAGAGGGAGAGGAGUCGGGACAGGACCAUCCCGCAGAGACCCCCCCAGAUGCGGCCGCCGACGCUGGAACCUGAUGGAGCCCCUGGUGCUCCCUCCAGUCGCCCAAAACGCAGCACCUACCUCAGCCCCUGCUGCUCUUCUUCCCGAAGCGCCACCAAACCAGCCGCCCUGGAGGCCGACCAGCGGGAGCUGAUUGCUGAGGUGCGCCAGAGCCUCGAGGCGCUACUGCAGCUGCAGCUCCCAGACGAGUUGGGGGAUUCGGAGCUGUUGGGCCGUGUGGCCGCCCGGCUGCGCCCCUGGGCUAGCCCCUCCAGAGCCCGACGGAUGCCGCAGCCGCUCCCCUGCCACCACUCAGGGGGGGCCGAGGUGAAGCCCCUGCACCCCCGGCGCACCCCCCCCAGGCUGCUCUUCGCUCUCUUCUAUGGCCUCCUCAUGGCGCUGCUUGUGGCCGCCCACCGCGCGCUCUUUGGCUGCUGAGGGACCCCCAAACCCUGGGGGAACCCCCCCAAACUCCCCUUUCCUUCCCUCCCACCCUUUUCUUGUGCCUUAAUGCUGGGGAAACUGAGGCAGGGAAGGGAGAGGGGCUGAACCUCUUUUGCCCCCCCCCGGCGGUGGGACCUGAAUUAUUCAUAUUGUAAUUAAUUAUAAUGGUUAUUGUUUUAUUAUUAUGAGUUGUCACUAUUAUAAUGAGUUGUUAUAUGAGACUGUGAGUAUAAUAAGUUAAUUAUAGUUAAUUAUAACUUAAUUAUGAUGAAAAAUGUUAAAAUACAGAUGACCAAAAUUUAUUGUAAUUAAUUAUUAUUAAAAAUACUCUAUUUAACUAUUCUAUCUCUGUUACUGUAAUUAAUAUAGCCAUGAUUUUGUUUGUAAGUAUGGACAGUCCCUUCAAAAUUAAGCUCGGCACAUCCCUGCUCCUCUGUGGGGACUCGGGGGUCACCGGCUGGGACCGAAACCUGAGGGGGUGUUCAGUCCUGCCCGUCUCCUGCUGCCACUGCUCAGCUUUUUGUCCGUUCUCGCCCUUUCUGUGCCCAAAAGGGGCUGGGCCCUCUCCAGCUGCGCUGUGCUGUCCCAUAAAUCCCCUCCCUAAGGCAGCCCCCAUU